AGGCAACAGGGCCAGCAGUUGAGCUAAUUGAAAAUAUGUCGGCAAUGAUGCCCUGAUCAUAGCACCUUACACAUCCCACGACCCCAGCACGUUCGUGGUCUACGUUCAAAGUACCACUGCAACUGAAUAUGGCGACAAUCGUCUCAAAGACGAACAUGCCUGACGCUGGAGCCCUCGACAACGAAAUCCAGGCGGAACCUAUAUCAGACCGGGGCCUGGUCAUUGAGCAAGAUGUCGAAGAUGCACCAGUCGACGUCGUCGCCAUCCACGGCCUUGGCGGCGGGAGGAGAAAGACUUGGACUUUAGAAGCCAACGAGAAUGGUUGUUGGCUUUCAACUGUUUUCCCAGGGCGAGUUAUGCUCUAUGGAUACGAUACUAGUAUCCGAUCUAUGCCGUUCAGGCGACGCGAUAUCAUCGGAGAAGCAAAGCUACUUCUCGAGAGUCUUCGAACCCGUCGCGACGACGAGCUUUACAGGCGACCAGUCAUUUUUGUAUCGCAUGGCUUAGGUGGGCUGAUAGUGAAAGCCGCAAUUGUCAUUGCGUCCAGAGACCCUACGAUGUAUGAGUAUCUGCUGCCUGCUGUGCGAGUCCUCAUCUUCUUCGAUUUUCCCCAUUCGUCCAUCAGCAUCAGACAUCUCGAGACGCAGUUACAAACGCAUAUAUCUGAGGCCACACGGAUAUAUCCAGGCGAGGAAAUUUUGCUUGACAGGUCUCAAUUCCUGGCUGAAACCAUCGAAGAAGUAAAUUGGAUGUUCCUGCACUCGAAGAUGACGGCUCAAGCAUACAUUGUCGACUACUACAGCGACCUCGAACCUGCACUGAACUCUUUUUAUGGCUUCGGUAGAGCAGCCACUAGGAUGAGGUCAUGUGUCGGCUGCAAACACGCAGUCGACAGGGAACACAGGUCCAUAACACGAUUGAGUGACGAUGAGGUUGCCAGGCUACAAUCAGAAGCAGUAGAGUGGAUAAAAAAGGGCCCCUCACCCGAUCACGACCAAGCGAGACGAGAUUUUCUCUCGCAAGCCUCUCCGAUGUUCCCACCUGGCUUUGAUGAAACUCCUCCGGCCCUCAUACCAGUUAUUGGAGGUUUCCUGGAAGCGAGUCACAACAUGGUACUGCAUGUGCAGACUGCUUCUAACGACAACUCGCCUGUGUUCGACGGCAUAUGUUCUUGGCUUUCCCGGGCGAAGCCAGACCACGGCGGCGGACUCCUCAACUUCCAGUUCGAUAAGUCUGAUGCGCGCUUCAGCUCCAUCGACAACAUGCUACGGACCUUCAUCUCAAUGCACAUGCACGAGCAUAUUACGUGCGAAACUGCCCACACUCUUGCAUCUUACUUGACAAAAUUCUCGGCGAUAGGAACACGCGACUUGCUAUAUUAUUUUGGGCGGGUGAUUCCUAGUGACUCAAGAUAUCCUUUAACAUUUGUCUAUGUCAUCGAUGGUCUCGAAAAGUGUGGAGAAGGUGCCUCCGACUUUAUUGCCUACCUCAACUAUUUACUUGGGAGUGAGGCGCAUCAUUUCAAAGUCAUUAUUAGGACGAGUUUAGGGGCCAACGAUCAUCUUCUAUCCGAAUUUUCCCGGAUACCACCCGAUUUCUUGACCACUUUUGUUGUCGGGCAGAAAGAGGGCGACUACUCGGCCCCUCAGCUAUGUACAGGGCGCACAGGAUUUAGUUCUCAAGCACUAAUGAUCCUCGAUGAGCUGGAACACGCAUUUGGCGACGACUUUUGCAUGCUAGCUCUGCUGCAAGAUUGGCUGGAUUCAGAUUCCCGAGCUUUGGCUGCAGUGGAGUGCGAUCUUGGCAAACUGAAGGGCGCGACCUCAGGUCAGAUCUUUGCAGCUUUAUUAUCCGACAUGCCACCGGAGCGUCGCACCUGGGCUAGCAUCAUCUUGCUCUGGGUUUUACAGGGCUUUCGGCCUCUUUUGAUGGAAGAGCUAUGUUUUGUCUCAUAUUCGAUACGCAGAAGCAUAUUGGAAGAGGCUAGAGACGAAACCUGUCAGCAGAUCCUUGGUCACUUCAACGGCAUACUGAAAAACUACCAUGGAGAAGUGCGCUUUGCGCAUCCUGAGAUCCGCACAUGGCUCACAUCCAACGCGGUCGAAUGUGGACCUGACUUGUCUUCAACGCAAGCAUGGUGGCAGCAGAUCCAAGGAGGGGAGGAGGGCCACACCCAAAUCCUCAAAACAUGUCUGGAAUACUUGGUCAGGCCGUCCGAGUUCCACUGCUUUACGGAUUGGCCAGCUGCUCGUACCUUUCCAUACGCCGCAGAAUCCUGGCCGUCUCACUACAAAAUGGCAGGGAACAGCCCAGCAGCCACCACGGCAAAAGCGUUGGCAGCCACACUGUUGCAAGAUGAUGCCCUGCGACUCCAGUGGGUGAGGUCAUAUUCUUCUUAUGGAAAGUCUUUGGCUCGUCCGGGCCCUGAUACUCUUGAGCCAGCUGCAGUUGCCGCAAAACUUGGACUAGAAGAUCUCGUCGAAACUCUUACUUCUACUACAGAUAUCUCUCGCACAGCCACCAGCAUUAUGGGAGAGGCAGCUGAAAGUGGAAACAUCAACCUUCUGCGGAGGCUUCUUCCCCCUUCUUCAGUACAGUUGCGACUCCAAGAUCCAGGCGUUGAGAGUCUUGUGAGAGCUGCAGUCACUUCUAGUUGCAGUGGAAUUGUGGACGAGAUUGUGAAGCGCCUGCCCAGUGCUCGUAUGAAGGAACUCGAUUUGCCUUCAUGGACUUCUGAUUUGUUUCUCCUGGCCGUGUGGAACGAUAAUGUGGCUCUCGCACGAAGCCUCCUCGACCUUGGCACAGACCCUCGUGUUAGCUUUGAGGUUAGACACCCGGUUGGCCCCGUUGGGAUUUCAGUGAUGCGUAAUGCGAUCGGUGUUAUCAAUUUACUCGUUGAAAGAGGCUACGACAUUACCCCUGAGACGGGCAUUGAGCACCCAAGUUUACUCAACCUAGUCACCACCUGGGGCAGCUCAGAGGUGAUUCGGCUGCUCUUCGCCAACGGCCUCCGCGCGAAUGCUAUCAACAACUCUGGAGAAACCCUACUAGAAAACGCCGCAAUGUGGGGUCGUUACGAAAUUCUCAACACGCUACUUGAGCUCGCUGACCUCGGGCAAUAUCUGCGCCUUGGUUCUAACCAUCCUCUCAUCACCACAGCCCGCCGUGGAUACGCCAAGUCCAACGAAAUCCUACUGAAGCAUGGUGCGGAUCCAAACGCGACUGAUGACCGCGGCAAUGCCCUCAAGUGUGCAAUUCUCUCUGAUAACUGGCGAGUCUGUCAACAAUUGUUGGAACAACCUACACUCAAUGUCCACCAUGGUGGCUCGGACGGCAAAGCCCCCUUACUGGUUGCCAUGUGGUCGAAGUGGGAAAAGGAUGUUAUCAAAAGCUUACUUGACCGCGGUGCGAAUAUCGAGGCUAGGGAGCCAGGGGAAUAUAAACGUACAUGUCUACUGAUGGCUUGCGCACGCAUUGCACCAGUCGGCGAGGUCGUCAAGAUCCUCUUGGGGCAUGGUGCAGACAUGACUGCUCGAGACUCUGACGGUUGGACGCCACUAUUUACGGCUGCAACCUUCGGCACCGUUGAAGUGGUACGGCAGCUGAUUGAUGCUGGGUCUGAUGUCUCUGUGGUCUGUGGAAUUGAACAGCAGACUCCUUUGCAUGCAGCAGCUCAUCGCCCGGAAGUGCUAUCGGCAUUAUUGGCUCAAGGUUUAGAUCCCUCCCUUAAGGGAAAGGCUGAACAUUCCCCUCUGGAGCUUGCGGCCUCGAGGUCUGCGGCAGCAGUCCGGCUGAUGCUGAACUCUCCACUCGAGAACAAAGCUGCGCUGUCUACUGCUCUAUGGCGGGCUGUUCUGAAUGAUAUGGGUCCGAAAGACAAAUAUGAAUUAGUCGACAUGUUACUCGAGGCUGGCGCCGACCCAAACUAUAUCGACAGCAAUGGGACACCUCUGUUAAAUCAUGCUGUGCAGAGGGGACACGUCUCGAUAGCGCAAAUACUCCUCGAGUUUCGAGCUGAUAUCCAUGCCAGGGACAUCAGCGGGAAUACCGCGCUGCACUAUCUCAGCCACUUGGCCUCGGUGCCCCUGGCCAAACUUUUGGUUAAUGCCGGGGCCAGGUUGGAUGCAAUAGGCGAGGCGGGAAAUACUCCACUGAUCAGCGUUACAAACUCGGGUUGCUGGGACGUUUUCCGGUAUUUGCUCACCAAAAAGGAGACGCGGCUCGUAAUAAACUUGGAGGGGCAGGGCACAUCGGCUUUGCACAAUGUUUGCCGCUCGAACAUCUCAAACAACCUCGAGCUUAUGCAGCUCCUAGUCGAGAAUGGCGCCGAUGUGAACCUGGAACCUGCCAGAGGCCGUCGAGGCACACCGAUCUUCCAAUGCUGCCUACGGAUCGGAGACAAUUACGAUCCUGUAAAGGAAGAGAUGAUUGCCUACUUGCUUGGGAAGAACGCAAAGGUCGACAGCUUCAAAAAUGAAACCUCACCGAUUCACGCUGCCAGCAUGUGGUGCAGUGCCAAAAUCAUCAAGAUGCUCCUCGACAAGGGUGCAGACCCGGAGGCCCUCGAUCAUGUGAAUUGCAAACCCCUUCACGUAGCCUGUUAUAACUCACUUGCAGCUGUCGAGGCGCUGGCCGGAGUUCUCGAGGAGAAAGGUGCAUCUUCUCAAACGUCAUCCAACGUGGGAUUAGGUCAUGACUUUGCCCUGAAGGACGUCUUUGGAAGGGUGCCGCUACACUUCACCGUCGCGACAGGUGACAUUGCAUUAAUCACGUACGUCCUUGAGCAGUCACUCGCCGCUGGCCUCACCGUCGACGUGCCGGAUCACGAUGGCUGGACACCGCUGCUGUGGGCCCUCCGCAAAGGGAAAGUAUACCAAUGGGAUGACCGCGACUGCCGCCAAGGCGAGGUGGUCAGACUGCUACUCGAUCGCGGUGCCGACCCAGCGGUCCGGGUCAGCGUGCCCCCGAUCGUGGAGGCGGAGGGAAACGAGUGGUUUGCUGUGGACGUGGCCAGAUACCACGGCGCCUCCUUGGAAGUAAUCGAAAUGCUUGAGGAGAGGUUUCCACAGGCGCCCCACCGAUACGAGUCUAGCAAGAUAGGUGAUAGAGUUCAGGACUGGUUCUGCGACGGGUGUGAAUUGGAACUUGUCGGCAUCCACUACAAGUGCCAAGAAUGUCAAAACUACCUGUUCUGCUUCAAGUGUUACCGACACUGUGAAAGUUUUCACCCGCCGCACGAAUUUGUGCAGCUAGGCACUCACCGCAGCCUGCACGCUCCAGUGGUGGUGGAGGAUGCCGGGUCGGUCGCGAGCGCGACCUCGCAAGAGACCGACGACGGCAGCGAUAAUAACGAAGAGGACGAUGAUGAUUUGGAUAUAAAUAGUGAUGUUAUCAGUGACGAUAACGCUAGCAGAAUGGGAGACGGACAUAGUGUUGGUUCUUUAUAGUUUUAGUGGUAGGAUCUGUGGCCUGGGAUUAAGGGCGUAUGGGAGGAGGGCGAACUUGUAUACAAUGCAAAAAGGCAUUCGACAGAUUAACUACAGUUUGUUCCACUUCGUAAUCUUGCUUACCUAUAUAAUAUAUUAUUAUUAUUACUAG